CAACUUCUACGGGUUUCCAUUUUGAUUUAUGAUCGAUGAUCAUCAUCAUGCUAAGCUUCGAAGAAAAGAUCCACCUUUCAGGCGAAGAACUUGUCUAAAAGUUGAAUAGAGGUGCCAGGCAUGUAGUCCCGGAUGGAUAUUAAGAAACUCGAUCUAUUUUUGCUUCAUUGAUUUCUGUUUUUUUAUAGAAGACAUUUCUCUUCUCAAUGCCAUGAUCGGCCGUUGACGACUAUCUUCAUUAAAUAUCGUUCUUUGUCUCACGAAUUUGUUUUCGAAAGAUUCAGCAACAACAAAAUGAUUCGCACUUCCUCUGGAGCAAUUAAAAGUGCCAAUCUUGAUGCUGCAUUGUCCGAACACACGAGUGAAGAGGAAAUGACGAAUCUUGAUCCCGCACUACGAGAACGAUACCGCAACAUGCUUCUGCUUCAACAGCGUGAUCUUCAGGAGAGUGCGACUUCGAAUGCGAAUGGGAUGAACGAUUAAGGCUCAAGUUUCAUUGGUCAUAGAGGUUGGCCACUGAAAUCGAAGGGAGUCCCCUUCUUGAGAGAACCAACAGGGGAAAGAAACGAAGGGAAAGGGGAGAGCCCUGGAGGGGGUCUCUUCCGUUCAGAGUCAUGAUGACCAUUGAAUGCUGAGCUUUAAAACGAGAAAACAGGAAACAUCAAGCAGUCUAGCGCAUCAUCGUCAUCCGCCAGACCGACGACUGGAUCUGCAGGUGCUGGGCAGCUACCUAAACGAGGUGGUCUUGUUGGGAGCAGUGGUGUAAUUCAGGGUCAGGGAGGUGCUGGUAACGGUAAGACGACUAGCAUAGGAGCUGCUGCUUCUACUUUAUCUGGAGGAGCAGCUACGGCUCCUGGAUCCUCGGCAUCAGCAACCAAUAAGAGUGGUGCACAAAGCAGGUCUCUAUCAACAAGUGCUGGGACAAGAACUACUGGUGUUUUGCAGAAACACGAUGAUAUUAAUACUGCAGGCGCUGCGUCAGUGUCCGAGAACGACAUGGAAUCACCGAAAAAUUGCAAUAACUCAGCACAGCUAGACAACAUGAAACGCCUAGUAAAGGUUUUGGUUCAGCGGUUGGUAGUGUCAGAGCGAGCGAGGGCAGAAUUGCAGCAGCAGUUGGAGGAAAGCGGUGUUAUUGGCAGUGGUGAAGCUGGAGGAAGUAACAAGUGUAAGGAGCCUGCUCAGUCUGGAAGCAAGCUCGCAGACGAAUACUUGGACCAGUUGACGGCUAUGGUAAGUACACUACAGCUACUGAAUGAUUGAAAAAUGCUUUGUCUCCAUACAACUGGUACUGCUUGUUCUUGUUCGAUUCUGUAUGAGGAUUUUUUUUCCAAUGUAGGCUAUGCACGUGCACGAGGGAAGCGUUGAGAAGUAGUACUAUUCGGUCAAUUUUCUCUUUCCAACCACAAUGAUCAUGAAGCAACUUCAGAUCGACGAUUUUGGCGAGGAAUUGACAGAGUUUCGACAUCACAGACAAGAACCCAACGGCAACGCCAAUGGCAACGCCUCCAGACAGAGGACUGAAUUAAGUACUCAGAAAAACACCAACUCUAACACAAUCUCGAGGUCAAGCUAAAAAUAUCUCGACAAAGAAACGUUGAUUUCUUCACAUCGAUGGGUAAAUUUUGAAUUUUGAGCACAAUCAAUCUCAAUGUUGUACGAUGAUAUUAUGAUCGACGCCCGCGCUGAGUAUGGCAGCCCAUCAAGUUUUGUAUUCUCCUACUCUCCGAGGUCGUGCUCCUCGAAUGGGGCCAAGACAUGCUCAUGUGCAAGAUGAAACGGUAUUGGUAUCUAAAAUGUUAAUGCAUGAUAUCUGAAUGGAAGUAAAACUGAU